GUUAGCUAAUGUUUAUCAUCAUGUUGAAUAGCUCGCUCACUGUGUACCAUCAUUGAGUGUUGUUCACUGGUAAGUACUUGAACGUGCGUACUCGCACGCUCACCCUGACCCGCGCUGGAGAGCAAAGCGCGACCACACCCUGAUGAAGCUAAUAACGAGCCGCCACAUGUCCGAACGCGGCGCCAUGGCCUCGCGCUGUCAGCCACUCGGCGCGUUCAAUCUGCGGUUGCGUCUGCUGACGUCGCUCGUUCUCGUGGCGCACUGCGCCCUUCCGCUCCCCUGCGUCGCCGCGCCGCUUCCCGAGCGCAGCCCGGCGGAGGAGGUGGCGCGGCUGAUGGCGUUUCUGGAGCAGCCCGCGGGGCCAUUCGCGCAGUUCGCCGCGGCGCUCAAGCGCACAGAGGUGCCGUCUCUCCUGUGGGAGUCUCUCGCCAACGGCACGCGCUUCACGCUCUUGGCGCCCACCGACGCCGCCUUUGCCCGCCUGGCGGCGCAGCACCCGCGGCUGUGCGCCGACGCCGACUCGCGCCUCACCCUCGCCGCCACCCACUUCGUGGGCGGGCGCUUCCCCUUCUCGCGCAUCGCGCUCAAGGCGCCGGGAUUCGAGUUCCGCACAGAGGGAGUGGACCUGGUGCGCCUACCCGACGCCGCCCUGCAGCACGGCAAGCGGCGCGUGCUGCUGGCUGUCAUAGACGCCCCACUCGUUCUGCCUCCACUAGCCAACACUGGAGGCUCAGACCAAGGCACAGAAGCACAGGGUCAAGGCAACUCUAGGGCUGCUGCUACAGCUGCUGUACCAUCAGCUGCUGGUGCAGAGGUGGUGGUAGGCCCAGGCCCAGCGGGGGCACUUGCAGCAGCGGAGAGGGCAAAGCGGCUAGCAGCAAGGGGGCAUGUGGUUCGACCAAAUGUGCUAAUCUCCCGGCAAAUGGUGGUGCAUGGCAUUGAUGCAGUUCUCGCUCCAAAUUAUGUGCUGAACUGCUAACUUCAGCUUUGCCUCAAGUUAGGGCAUAUUCAUACGCACCAUGGAUCCAUUGCGUGUAUUAUUGAAUUGAAGCGCAUUGGAAUGUGCAUCUUGACACCUCUUGUUAGUGUA